GUCACAGAACUGAUUCUGUAGUUUUUCUUUCGUUUUAAGAUGAAUCAACAUCUUUAACAUAUGCACAUAACUGGGCUUUUUACAGGCUUUUCAGAGGAACAGACACCCACAGAUUAAUAAAAACAAAAUAGAGCCUCUUGACUGUUGAAGAAGAUGUCUCUCUUUCUGUUGACUUUGCUCUUUUUACCAAAUCUCUUGUGUGAUAUUUCUUCUGAUGGAGUAAAGGCUGAUGAAACUCAUAUUACUGAUAUCCUAUUUGCUACAAUUUCUAGAUAUUAUAAAUGUGUGGAUCGUUCAAGCUCAAAAUGUAUAGUUGAGUGUUCAGGGCCGAGUGUUCCACAGACACAGCUCUCGUGGUAUAAUGGGAGCAGUUCAUACUCCAACCUCACGAUUUCUGAUUUUAACACCAGAUUAUAUCUAGAGGUGGACAAUUGGGAUAAAAAUCACUACCGUUGUGAGGCGUCCAAUUCAAUUACCCAUCAGACUUCAUAUCUAAACAUUACUCAGAUCUGUCAGACGUGUCCAGAUUUAACAGGUAAAAAAAUAAAAACUAUGUUUGUAAGUGAGGGAGACUCUGUCACUUUACACACUAACAUUACUGAACGACAGAAUGAGCACAUAAAGUGGAUUUAUGAAGGAAACAUUUUCAUUGGUAAACUCUAUGCAAACACAACUACAUACAGUGAGUGUGAUGGUGGACGCAACAAAGUAUUGGACAGUAAAACUGGAUCUCUGACCAUCAAAAACAUCAUUCAAUCAGAUUCUGGACUCUAUCAGCUGAUCACUAAUAGACCACAGAUGGCUCAAGAAUGCCAUGGUUAUAAUGUUAUAGUUUGUGGUAAAGAAAUACCAAUAUCUUUGAAUGUGGGAGAGUCUGCCACUUUACCCACUAAUCUUACAGAACAAAACCAGGAUUGCAUACAGUGGUUGUAUAAAGAAAACACUCUCAUUGCUGAACUCUGUAAAGACAAGGGCACAUGCUAUGACUGUGAUGGUUGUAGGUUCAAUAAAAGUCUGGAGCUGCACAAUAAGACUGGAUCUCUCACCAUUAAAAACAUCAGGAAAAUCCACUCAGGGCCCUAUAAACUAAUGAUCCCUGAAGGACCACAUAAAGUAUGUCAGAUAUAUCAUGUUACUGUCUAUGAUUCUCUGCCCUCUCCUGUCAUCACAAAUGAAUCUCCACCAAGUUCAUCAUCAUCAGAAAAAUCACCCAGCUUAAAAUGCUCCUUGCUGUGUUCAGUUAUGAAUGUGACAGGUGUAAUUCUCUCCUGGUAUAAAGGAAACAGUUUAUUGUCCAGUAUCAUCAGUGUGUCUGAUCUCAGCAUCAGUGUGUCUGAUCGCAACAUCAGACUCUAUCUACCUCUGGAGGUGGAAUAUCAUGAUACAAACAACUACAGCUGUGUGGUGAACAAUACUUUCACCAGCAAAACUACACACCUCAACAUGAGUGCACUAUGUAAAGAUCCCAGAUCAUCUUCUCGUCCUGAUGGUGUUGCUAUUGGUGUUGGUGUUGGUGUCAUUGCUCUUGCUCUUGUUGGUGGGUUGGUCUAUUGCUAUUGUAGAAGACGGAAAACAGGCAAGUAUCACCUACAGCUGAUAUGUGCUGGUUUUAUGCAAAAUAAGUUUUGAUGCUAUACAUUUUUGCACUAUUCCAGUGUAAACCUUUCAAAACUUUAUCAUGGUUAGACAAAAGCAUGCAGGUUUUUUGUUUAUAAAUUAAGGUCUGCCUGUCAGAACUGAGGACAAGGAUAUAAUUGCAGGUGA